CACCCGGGCCGCUCCCCUCAGGGCGGGGUGAGGGCGGCGGGGGGGGCUCGGCUGCCAUCUCCGCCGCCAUUGGGGCCCGCGAAGGGCCGGGCCGCGCCGGGACGGCCCCCAGCGCCGCAUUGGCCCGGCGGCCCCGCGGAGAGGAGAGGCGUGGCGGGCGGGAGCAGUGGCCGGAGGGUUCUGGGGAGAUUCCGCCGCUCGCCUCCGGCUUCCCGGGUACGGCAGGAGAACGCAGAGGAGAAGACAUUCCAGCUGCUGCAUCUCUUUUAUCCCUACGAAUCUCUGCGAAGACAAGUUAUGUCAACAGCUGCUUUAAUCCAUUUGGUAAGAAACGGAGGUUCUCAAGUACGAAGGAGAGCCCUGCUGACAUCCCGCCUCUUGCAAGACGACAAGCGUCUGACAGUCGAGUGCUACAUUUCCACCUCCGAACGCCGGGCAUCCCGCUUUGAUCCGGACGGGAGCGGGCGGCCCGCCACGUGGGACACCUUUGGCAUCUGGGACAAUCGCAUUGAUGAACCUAUUCUCCUCCCACCUAGCAUAAAGUAUGGAAAGCCGAUUCCAAAAGUCAGCCUGAGCAAAGUGGGCUGUGCCAGUCAUAUUGGGAAGCGGAAGGAAAAUGAAGACCGCUUUGAUUACGCUCAGCUGACUGAGGAUGUCCUGUACUUUGCAGUAUACGAUGGACAUGGCGGGGCGGCAGCAGCAGACUUCUGCGCUAAGAACAUGGAAAGAUAUAUCAAGGAAUUUGCUGUUCAGGAAGAGAACUUAGAAAAAGUUUUGAACGAUGCUUUUCUAGAAAUAAACAAAGCAUACGAAAGGCAUGCUCAGCUGUCUGCUGAUGCAACUCUGAUGAACUCUGGGACCACUGCAACGGUGGCCCUGCUGCGGGAUGGUAUUGAGCUGGUAGUGGCAAGCGUGGGUGACAGCCGUGCCCUGCUGUGUCGAAAAGGAAAGGCCAUGAAACUCACCAUUGACCAUACACCAGAAAGGAAGGAGGAGAAGGAAAGGAUUAGGAAGUGCGGUGGCUUCGUUGCCUGGAACAGUUUGGGACAACCUCAUGUGAAUGGUAGACUUGCAAUGACGCGGAGCAUAGGAGAUUUGGAUCUUAAAAACAGUGGUGUGAUAGCCCAGCCAGAAACAAAAAGGGUUCAGCUGCACCAUGCAGAUGACGGCUUCCUAGUCCUUACUACAGACGGUAUUAACUUCAUGGUGAACAGUCAAGAGAUCUGCGACUUCAUCAACCAGUGCCACGAUCCCACUGAAGCUGCCCACGUUGUUACUGAGCAGGCAAUGCAGUAUGGCACUGAAGAUAACAGCACGGUUGUCAUAGUGCCAUUUGGAGCGUGGGGGAAGUAUAAAAAUGGCGAGAUCAACUUUUCCUUCAGCCGCAGUUUUGCCUCCAGUGGGAGAUGGGCGUGAAGACCUGACACAGCUAUCUUUUCCUGCAAUAACACGGAUACAACGUGCUAUAAGAGAACACAUCCAUCUGUUCAUAGGUUGACUCAGUGUCUUGUCCAUCUUUUCUGUUGCCAGUUAUGGAAGAUGCAACCGCUCCUUUGGUGCGUAAUUGCUGCUUACAGCUGAUCACAUUUUACUGUGUUUAUUUAUUCAGAUCAGCAUUGGGUUUCUAGGCCCAGCAGUUCUGCACAUCAUUUCAUUUGCACGGAUAAGUCUCUGGGCUUGAGUUAUGACACAUCAGUUUCAUCCCAACUCUUGUUACCUAGUACUCAGUUACCUGGCAGCUGUGAAAGUCCGAGACUGAGCCAUGCGCCAUCUUCUUUGUACGUUAAUGCACAGGGGAACAAACGCAGUGUUCUUAGAAAGACAAAAAGGGAGUCUGUUGUUUUCCUCUGUCAUGUAGCCAUCCACAGCUCCCCCAUGUUUCAUGAGAAACAGGUGAAAUACAAGGGGGAAAUAUCAGAAGUAAUUAGCCUGUGGUUAUGUUCUGGUGCCAGGGGCAUUCCAUGUAGCUGAAUGGCAUCCCAAUAGAGCACUUUGCUGGGCUUUAGGCUCUCUCUGGUAUUACCUGUGAUCCUUCAGCUCCAAAGAGACAGAGCAAGCAGGAGCCACGUGCUGUUGAACAGAUGGGAACCCAUUGGGCCCAAAGCCCCUACAGUCGCAGUGGACCAUGCAGCCUCUGGCACCAUGCUUCCUUCAGCAUAAUGGUGCCUGAAAAGAGCACGUAGGAGGAGAAAAAAAAGCAGCCCACUUUAUAAUUUCAGAGACCAUAAUCAAUCUGAAUAUUUGUUUGUUUGUUUUUUUUUUUUCCUAAGAAAAGGAAACUGUUUCAAAGAGCUUUCAGUUCAAGAUUCUUUGGAUGUAUGAGGCAGUAGAGUUUAUUUCUUCAUAUGCAAGGAUUUUCCUGCCCUCUGCCUUUUUUUUCAGCUAGCUACAGUCUCCUGCUGGCAUAAAGACAGCUGUAAAAUGCCCAAAGCCAGAAAGCU